AUAGGGUUACUUCAUUCACAGUAGCAACUUUGCUAUGUUUGGUGAAAAAGUUGCUGCAUUUAUUUCAUCCUGUUGUCUAUAAUGAAAUGUUUAAUGUCAUUGUAGCAUAGCACCUGAUGCUGUGUUGUUGAUGAACAACUACUUUGCAUAGAAGAGAAGCAAAAAUUUUCCAAAGAAAGGAUUGUCGUGUUUACAAUUUUGAAAAUCUAGUUCUCAUCAUAAUUCUGGACACUUUGAGCACUAGUCUACCUCAAUGAACAACUUGGAUAAGAAAGAGUCAGGCUUAAGUUCUGCUCCCCAAUCAACUAUCACGAAUGUUGUUAGUUGCUCAUCAUGGGAGAACUCAACUGAAUCUUAUGUCCAACAAUCAUCUGGAAAUCGAAGCUUGAAGAUGGGAGCUCUGCACCAACAGUUUCAGAACAACAAAAGGUUAAGUUUCCAAUUUCAAGACCAGGACUCGAUGUCAACUCAAUCAACUGGUCAAUCUUACCCAAAAGUGGUUAGCUUUGCAGAUGGCAAUCCUCAUGGGCAAAGUGACAUUCCAGCACUGUCAGGAUAUAAUGAAACUCAUGGGAAGAUUGCUGUGGCUCAAACUAAAUUGGCUUCGUCAAUUGUAACUCAGGACUUUGUUGUUCCUCCUCCGCAAGUCGAUUGUAGCCAGCCAGCCCGUAUUUCAUUACCCUAUGCUGAACCAUAUUUUGGUGGUAUGAUUGCUGCUGGUUAUGGAUUGCAAACCAUGAUUCAUCAUCCUCAUAUGAUGGCAAUGUUUCCUGCUCGAGUCCCACUGCCUCUGGAUCUUCCAGAAGAGGAACCCAUUUAUGUUAAUGCGAAGCAGUAUCGAGCUAUUCUCAGGAGAAGACAGUAUCGGGCCAAGCUUGAGGCUCAAAAAAAACUCAUCAAAAACCGAAAGCCAUAUCUACAUGAGUCUCGCCAUCUUCAUGCUUUAAAGAGGGCCAGAGGAGCUGGUGGAAGAUUUCUCAACACGAAAAAGCUCCAAGAAUCCAAUCAGACAAGCCAUGGAUUGGAUGUUUCUGGCUCAGCACAGUUACGUUUGGCUGGAAGCAUGUCAGAAUCAGAGCUUCAUCGACCAGAAAACUACGGAGAUGCUGUUUCAACUGCCUCUUGCUCCAAUAUCACCAGUGCUUCCAACAGUGAUAACAUCUUCCACCAGCAUCAGGAUUUCAGGUUCUCUGGCUAUCCUUCUCACAUUGGCAUGACCAUGCAAGGUCUCUCAGGCAAUAUGCGUGAUGGUGGUGGAAACCUGCAUCAUCAUUCAGCCCUCCUGCUCUCCAUCAAUAGACAGGAUUAAGAAUGAAUCUGUCUGGGCAGUCUGUAUUUGGGGCUCAAACUUGGAAAAUACAGCUGCUAUGUUCCAUUGGGAAGUCAUCCUUGGCUGUUAGUUUGCUGUUUAGUUUCAAAUGCUUGUCACAAACAAUGAACUGUUUUCUCCUUUAAGAGUUAAUUAUGGUGAAGUGAACUAAUAAUUGGUGGCACACAUAAAAACUGCAGAUGUACUACUUCCUGUGCAUGUUUAUCAGAAGGAUUAGCUUCUAUUCAUCUUUAUUCUUAAUUAAGAAUUCAAGAAAGU